ACCGGUUUGUAAUUUCGUUUACCGAGGUGUUGAAAGCAGUACAGAAGUGGAACAAACUCUCCAACCUAAGCGCCUACCAAAAUAUCCCCUAUACAUAAUAUGUGAACGAUUUCCCCUUCCUUUUGUCAUCCAUUUUCAUUCUCUCCGAAGAAAGUUUGUAACUUCUCGAUAAAGCAAGGUGCACGCCUGGAUGCCAUCGAAAUUUCAUGAAUAUGAAAUAACAAUAUCGUAAUUAUUUAAUGAAGAUACCACCAGCAAAAAGGUCAAAACUCAGCAGUAGGGGACGAAAGAUUUGAAAGCAGCCUUCAGUGCACUUGCGAUGGAUCGCCACUGGCGAUGGAAAAAGAAACUAUUAUCUUGCCUUUUACUAUACAUAAAUGUAGUGUCCGCUUUUCAGUACUCAGGAUUUGGAGCCUCGGGUGAAGGGUCAGGCGAAAACCUAGGCGAAGGAACGACAAGAAGGUCAGUGGUGUUAUUCAGGAGAGCCAGGCGCGUUCGCAGAGAUGACCUCUUGAGACUGAACAAAGUCCUACGGUCUGUCACUGAAGAUGAAAAUCCUGGCAUUGACAACAUCGAGUCAGCUUUACAGUCUAUCGACAAAGACCAUGAGCAUUGGAAACGAAACAAAAUCACAAAAGCUCUAGCAAUUCUUGAAGAACACACAAAGAAGGCACUGCGUGCGCCUAAGGGCAUAGCUGUUCAGCGGCUUCCUGGAAAAGCGCAUUUGUGGCCUCAGCCAAUGGCGAGCCAGCGUAAAGGAGGCCGCACGGUGACGAUCAGUACAUACAGUGGGCGCAAGCGCGUGUUUAUUCCCAAGGGAUGGAUCUUUUGUACAAUAUCUCCGGCACGGUGUUACUCCUCGCGCGCUGAAAAAGGUGCGGCGCGAAAACGAAGCACAAAUAAACGAGCUGUGAAGCGAUAAUAGAGCCUCGAUAUAGACAAUUCAAGUAUAGAUGCUAUCUUGAUGUAAAAGUAGAUGCAGAUUAGACAAUCGCGCAGUAGUGCCCUGCACCAAUGGCAAUAGCACGCAAGGAAUAAACCUUCGUUCCUACGCGUUAUAUAGCAAGUAGAUUAAGUUUUACAAAAGAGACGCCAUACUUAUGGUGGGGCAGAUUGCUUUGGGUUACGAGUACAAAUGUCGUAAUCUCCACCUGUGCUGUCUUCUCUUACUGCAAAUCUGUAAAUAUUAUACACAUGUAAAUUGAAACGUUGUAAAAAGUGUGAUUAAAACUGUCCAACUAA